CAACACGCGUCGGGAAGCAGCGUCCUCGACCUUCCAGCUAGUUUCAGUCUGAUCGGAGAUGAUUUAUCAAGUUUUAUAAGAGAAAAGAAGAAGAAGAAGAAGAAGAAGAGCGGCGACAUGUUCAGACUGACUGUGGUGGAGAACUGCAGAGGAGCCGCCAGAAGGUUCUUCUCGUCCGUCGCCGGUUCAGACGUUCUGCCUCCAAACCUGCAGCUGCCGUCCAACCUGGUGGACCCGGCCCGAAAGAAGCGCCGACCCCCGGCGUCAGGCUGCCCCCUGCCCCUGCUCCGGUCCUGCCCCCCCACGCCCCGCCACCUUGGCCCCCUGCAGACUUGGGUGGAGACGCUGCGGGAGCCGGAGGCGGAGCCUCUGGGCCUGGCGGAGCUGCACCCCGACGUCUUCGCCGUGCCCCCCAGGCUCGACAUCCUGCACGACGUGGAGAAGUGGCAGCGGAACUUCAAGAGGAUCAGCUACGCCCACACCAAGGUGAGGUCAGAGGUCAGGGGCGGCGGCAAGAAGCCCUGGAACCAGAAGGGGAGCGGCCGAGCUCGCCACGGCAGCAUCCGUUCGCCGCUGUGGAGAGGAGGGGGCGUGGCCCACGGGCCCCGGGGCCCCACCAGCUACUACUACAUGCUGCCCAUGAAGGUCCGGGUCCAGGGCCUGAAGGUGGCACUCAGCUCCAAGCUGGCUCAGGACUGUCUCCACGUGGUGGACUCCCUGGACGUCCCCACGCCGGACCCGCAGUACCUGCUGGAGCUGCUCCGGCGCCGGCACUGGGGCGAGUCGGCACUCGUUGUGCACGUGGAUGAAGAGUUUCCACAGAACGCCGCUGAAGCCGCCGCCGCGCUGAAGACCGUGAACCUGAUCCCAGCCGUCGGUCUGAACGUCCACAGCCUGCUGAAGCACCAAGCCGUCGUCCUCACCCUGAGCACCGUCGGCUUCCUGGAGGAGAAGCUGCUGUGGCACGACGAGCGCUACGCCCCCCUGUACCCGUAUAGACUGCCCUACCGGGACCUCCCCUAGCCCCGCCCCUCACACCACCACUCCUCCACGAAGUUUUCUGAAGUCUUUAUUUGUUCACUCAGUUGUACAUUAAUAAAAGCGUUGUGU